GAACAUAAGUAAGACUUCCAUUACUGCCUAUCAUGAAGAUCAACCAAACAGUUUUGGUGGUUUUAUUUCUUACUCUUAGCUCUUCUUCCAUCGGUGUCUUCGGUGGUAAUCUGUUCGAUGAUCUCCACUGCUCAUGGGGGAAUGGUCGCUCUAAGAUAGUCAACAAUGGCCAGCUUCUUAGCGUCACGCUUGACAAAGUUUCAGGCUCAGGCUUCGAGUCAAAUGGCAAAUAUCUCUUCGCCAGGAUCGACAUGCUAAUCAAGCUCGUCUCUGGAAACUCAGCUGGAACUGUCACAGCCUUCUUCUUAUCUUCCAAAGGAAAAGGGCACGAUGAGAUAGACUUUGAAUUCUUGGGGAACGUCAGUGGCCAACCCUACACAGUUCACACCAAUGUGUUUUGCAAUGGAGAAGGUAAAAGAGAGCAGCAAUUCCGUCUUUGGUUUGACCCCACUGCUGAUUUUCACAAAUACUCCAUUCUCUGGAGUCCUCAUCACAUUGUGUGGUUAGUUGAUGAAACUCCAAUCAGAGAAUUCAAGAACCUGGAGAGUAAGGGCGUUCCCUUCCCCAAAAACAAGGCCAUGAAGCUUUACUCAAGCCUGUGGGAAGCUGAUAAUUGGGCCACAAGAGGUGGUUUGGUGAAGAUAGAUUGGUCAAAAGCACCUUUCAAGGCCUUCUUCAAGGAAUUCAGAGCAGAGAAAUAUAACUGUGACUGGUCUAAAGGCUAUCCUUCUUGCACACCACCUUCCAGAUCUAUAUUUUCUUUCUGGACUAGUCCUGAUAAGUUCUUCAAAACGCUUGAUCAUGGAGCUAUGGGAAAGUUGAACCGGGUUAAGCAGAACAAUAUGAUCUACAAUUACUGCAAAGAUUUCAAACGAUUCCCUAAUGGCCUUCCCAAGGAAUGUCAAUACAACUAG